AUGAGUGGGAGAUAUGAUGGUAUGAGGGCUGGUGAGAAUGUAGCCAGGCCCAGUGUGAGUCGCCGCGGUCUUUGGGUUCCGGCCGUGUGUGACGGCCCCGUAACUUGCCGGGCCCAGUGUGAGGUCGCACGCGUCUUUGGGUUAGCCGGCGUGUUGACAGACCCCGCCCAGUGUGAGGUCGCACGCGUCUUUGGGUUAGCCGGCGUGUUGACAGGCCCCGCCCAGUGUGAGGUCGCACGCGUCUUUGGGUUAGCCGGCGUGUUGACAGACCCCGUACGUGGCCGGGAGCCGGGAUUGAUAGGAAAGAGCUACGUGUGGCUUGAUCCCUUAGUAGGGUACGUAGGCAGCCUGGGAUAG